AUGAAUCCAGGAUCUCCUGUUGCAGUGGCCACCGAGGCCCCGGCCACGGGCAUCUUCGAAGAGUGCCGCUACACCGUCACAAGGGAGCUGUUCCUCGGCGGCGAUGGCGUGGACUUGGUGAUCGAGACGUUGCGCCUGAAUCACGAGGAUAUCGCGGACGCGGCCAACUGGCACACGCUCGCCGAACGUCUGCUGCGCGCGCGCUGGGACGAGUACCCGCUCUUCAACGGCGAGGCGCACCGCCGCGCCGCGGUCGUCAUCCACCGCGACCGGGUGCGCAUGUUCGUCGAUGACCGCCCCUGCCACCCGGUAAGGCCCUUCAUCUACCGGGAUGAGAUCGAAUGGUAUUCUGAGGCACCGUACGGCCCGGUGCGGCAGGCCUUGUUUCGCGCCCUCUGGGUUCCGACGGGGCCGAUCUUGCUCCGCGAAGAUGCGCCGUUGGGGCAGCAACUAGGUUGA